AUGUCCGAGUAUAAAAUUAAAAGUUCCUAUUUUUCAGCAAAAAACAAAGUCAUAUUAUUAAUAUGUGUAUUUUUUUUUUCGUGUUCAACACAUAUAUUUAAAAAUGUGUUUCCCUUCUUGUUUAUGCUUACAAGUUCCCACGAAAAAAAUAGUAACAACAAUAAUGAGUAUAAUGUAAGAGCCAAUAUAAAUAACAAUCAAACUAGUAAACUUUCCAACCAACAAAAUAACGACAAUGUUUCGAAUUACACACAUAGAAAUUACAAUUAUUAUGAUAAACAUCCAGAAAUAUUAAAAGAUCAAUUCCAUAUAGAUAGUACUAAUAUGUUGAGACAAAAUUUAAGUGAUCAAAAUAGUUAUGAAAAAAAAUACUACACAAUCAAUAUGUCAAAUUCAUAUAAUAAUGAAAGUAGUAAACUUAAUAACCAUUCAAUAUAUUUAUAUAGUAAUGCAUUGUCAUUGAUAUAUAUUAGCUCGUUAGUAACAUAUAUAUUUAUUUUAUUUUUUGAUUUAAGUAAAAAAAAAUAUAUGUUAAGUAGUUUGUAUAUUAUUAAUUUAAUAUCACAUAGUGUAAUUUUUUUAAUCUUAAAUAGUAUACAAACUAACAACACAAAUGUAACAGAUAAUAAUUGCCAUGCUUAUAAACAUAUGAGCAUAAGAAAUGCUGAAAAUGUUUUACAAGAAAAGGAUUAUCAUGAGUUUACAAAGAAACAUAUCAAUUUAUUUUUCCAUAAUAAUUUAAAGAAUAAUUUUACACAAACAUAUGCUGAUAAUAUUACUAGUCUAUCAUAUUAUAGUAACCAAAUAGAUAGAAGUUGUCUUUAUAGCAGUAUAGAUGAAACAACAGCAAAUAAUAAUAUAUACAAUAGAAAACAUUUUACUUUACUUUAUUUAUUUAUUAUAAUUAGCUCUGUAUGUAGUGCAUAUAUAAAAAUAUAUCAAAAAAAUAUAUUAUAUUGUAUAUUUUAUUUAAAUCUUGGUUUUAUAACAUCACUACUAAUAUUAAUGAAUAGUAUAUUUAAAAUAAUGGCUCAUUCAUUAAACUAUAUUAUGUCAAAUAAUAAUAUGAACACAAAUAUUAGUGAUUAUAUUCUUAUGUUUUCAUUUAUUGACAUAUUUGGAUUAUUUACCAUUUUUACAUUUUCUUAUAAAUGGUCUAAUCAGAAUAAAUUAUGGAUUAAUUUGAGCACAAUAUUUUAUAAUUAUAAAUAUACAUGUUUUUACAUUAAUGAAACAUAUUAUUUAUAUUCAACAGAUAAAGAUAUUGAUAAUAUAAUUGCCCAAAUAGAUAUGUGUAAAGACCCAAAUGUAGAUAUCACAUUUUCUGCAUAUAUUAAUAUAGAAAAAUCUAUAUUUUAUGAUUUUUUCCUUAAACAUAAAAAUAAAGAAAAUAAAUUAAAUAUUAUAGAAAUUAAAGACAAAAAUUUUAAAGUCACAACAACUUAUAAUACAAAAAAUAUUCAGCAUAAUGAAAAAUAUAAACCUAUAUUUGAAGAUGUUGAAAAUCCUGAUAUUACACCCAGUUAUAAUAGAAAAAAAAAACAUAGUCAUACUAUUAAGCCUUAUAAAAUUCAUGUAGAAACAAUCAAUACAAAUUUGUUUGAAGAUAUGGAAAACGAAGAGAAUAACCAAAUAGUAAUAAACAAAUCUGGCAACAAUAAUAAUGUUAUUCCAGACAUUGAGGAUAAUCAAAUUCCAAUUCCUUCGAUAAAUAAUUCUCUUAGUAAAGAUAAUACUUAUUCAAAUUAUGAGAAUAUAAAUGACAAAAAUCAUAUUUUUAAUUUGCCUUGUGAAAAAAGUAGUAUAACUGAUAAGAAAACAAAUGAUGUUUACUUAUUUAGUAAUAGUAAUAUAAAAGAUAAAAUUGAGGAUGUUAAAAAUGGUAGCAAAAUGAAUAAAAAUAGUUUGAAUAUAAAUACAGAGACAAAUAUAAAUUUUGAAAUAACUCCAAGCAUUAACAAUAAUUCAAACAAUCUCAUCACAAAUAUAAAAUGUAAGGAAUCAAUCAUAGAGGGUGAAUUUGAAAAACCAAUAAACAUACCAGAGGAAGAAAUAGACGAAAAAAAAAACAGUCUUUUAGUUCCUGACCAUAAUGAAGAUGAUAAAUAUAUAGACUAUGAAAAUUAUGAAUUAUCUUAUAAAAAUUAUAAUUCUCCAUUAUUUAUAAAAAGAGAUAAAGAAAUAAACAAUAUUCAAAGUGAUUUUAUAAUUUCUCAAUAUAUUAAAAGAAUUUUUUCAUCAUUUACUUAUUAUUUCUUUUUCUUUAUAUUUAUAUAUGCAUUUUUAUUAUCAAUUAUGCAUAUAUUUGUUAAUUACUUUUUUUAUAUAUACUUAUUUGUGUUUAAUAUUAAUGUAUAUGUAUCAAAUAUAUAUACAAUAAUUAUGACAAUUGUAUCACUAAUAGCUAUACCAUUCUCUGGAUAUAUAAUUGACAACAUUGGAUCAUUUUUAUUCCUUCUUCUAUGUUCCUCCUUUUUUAUUUUAAUAGCAAUAUCUGGGACUAUAUAUUGUUGUAUCUUUAAUUUACGUUCAGAAGUGAUAGCAUUUAUCUCCUUUAACCUAAUAGGUAUAAGUGAGUCUAUCAUUCCUACUGUUAUUACUUCACAAAUACCAACCCAUUUAUGCGUAAAAAAAAAUGAGGAUAUCACCGCAGCUUUUGCAAUAUUUGAAUUAGUUUCAAUGCUUAUUAGUAUUUGA